UUAGUUGGUUUCUUGUUUCACCACCAAAUAGACACCUCAUCAUCAAGCUUGCUCCCCUUCCUUUAAGAAACGUACACCAAAUGAGGAGAGGAUUGAGGAGAGAGAACGCUUCUCACCCUAGGAAUACCCAAUUUAACUUUUUUAUCUUUCAUGUAAUCCAUUGAUCAAACCCAUCAAAAUUCUCCUUUCUCAACCCAAAAAAAUAUAUAACUAUCCCUCAAAUUGUCUUUCUUUAUUUCAUAUUCUCUUUUAUUGAUCAUCUUAUUACAUAAAGUUGAUAAUUUUGAAGAUUUUCAUUUGGGUAUCAUCCCAUUUUUAACCUUCUAAUUUCAUUGAUUAUUUUUGUUGUUUUAGUCAAGUGUUAAAAGAUAUUGAGGGGUUUUGAUUGAAAUUUGAUAUUUCAUCAGAUGUUUUCAACUUGAAUCGGGUUGACAAUUCAACAGUACAAAACUCAAGAUCCUUGGUUAGUUUCAUCCAAUUGAACAAAUAGGGCACUGCAGAGUAAUUGAGCAGUGCCCAAGAUGGAUGCCACAACAAGUGGAACUGGAACAAUUCAAUUCUGUAACAUCCCUGAACAACCCAUUACUGCCACCCUAGUCACCUCACCUCGAUCGUCAUUUGUCCGGCAAGUAAGACAUUGUGCCGGCGACUGGGUUCCCGGAGAAUUCCCCUUAGCAGCAAACCCUUCUAUUGUUCUUCAUGUUCUUACUGCUUGCAAUUUAGACCCUCAAGAUCUUGCAAAAUUGGAGGUAACUUGUUCAUUCUUUAGGCAGCCAGCAAACUUUGCCCCUGAUUAUGAUUUAUCUAUAGCUGAGCUUGCUGCAUCAGAUAUGUGCCAACAGAGAGCCAUAUUUAAAAUUAUGACUGAUGAACAAAAGGAGGAUUUAAAGCAAAGGUGUGGGGGAUCAUGGAAACUAGUACUUAGGUAUUUGUUAGCUGGUGAAGCUUGCUAUCGAAGAGAGAAAUCGCAAGCGAUAGCUGGACCGGGGCACAGCAUUGCUGUGACUUCGAGUGGAGCCGCCUACUCAUUCGGAUCAAAUAGUUCAGGGCAACUUGGACAUGGCCCGACACCGGGAGGGCUCACGGCUGAUGAGUAUCGCCCUCGUUUAAUACGGUCCCUACAGGGCAUUCGGAUCAUCCAGGCUACUUCUGGGGCGGGGAGGUCGAUGCUAAUCAGUGAUACCGGGAAGGUUUAUGCUUUCGGGAAAGACUCGUUUGGGGAAGCUGAAUAUGGGGUUCAAGGUUCUAGGAUAGUGAAUACCCCACAACUUGUUGAGUCCUUAAAGGAUAUCUUUGUAGUCCAGGCUGCUAUUGGAAAUUUCUUUACUGCAGUGUUGUCUAGAGAAGGAAGGGUUUAUACUUUCUCUUGGGGUAGUGAUGGAAUUCUUGGUCACCAAACGGAGCCUAAUGAUGUACAACCGCGCCCUUUAUUAGGGGCACUCGAGAAUAUCCCGGUUGUGCAGAUUGCUGCUGGAUAUUGCUACCUACUUGCUCUUGCUUGCCAGCCUAGUGGCAUGUCGGUUUAUUCUGUGGGGUGUGGAUUGGGCGGAAAACUCGGUCAUGGUUCAAGAACAGACGAAAAAUUCCCUCGAUUGAUUGAGCAAUUUCAAACAUUGAAUCUUCAACCCAUGGUCGUGGCUGCUGGUGCUUGGCAUGCAGCUGUUGUUGGUAAGGAUGGAAGGGUGUGUACAUGGGGCUGGGGACGUUACGGAUGUCUUGGGCACGGGAAUGAAGAUAGUGAAUCAGUUCCGAAGGUUGUGGAAGCCUUGAGUAAUGUCAAGGCCAUUCAUGUUGCCACAGGAGACUACACGACUUUCGUUGUAUCUGAUAGUGGCGAUGUAUAUUCCUUUGGUUGUGGUGAAUCUUCUAGCCUCGGACACAAUAAUGGUGCCGAUGGACAGGGUAAUAGACACACUAAUAUACUUAGGCCAGAGUUAGUGACAUCUCUAAGACAAGUGAAGGAACGCGUAGUGCAGAUAAGCCUAACCAAUUCGAUUUUCUGGAACGCCCACACCUUUGCCCUUACCGAGUCCAACAAACUAUAUGCAUUCGGUGCCGGAGACAAAGGACAAUUGGGUGUGAAGCUUGGCGAGAAUCAGAUUGAAAGGGGCAAUCCAGAGCCGGUUGAUGUUGACCUCAGUAGGUAGCUACUAAUCACUCGUAUUAACAUCCUCACCGUAAUAUUUUCGUGAUCAUGAAUACCGUCUAUCUUUAUCUUUGAUAUAGCAUAUGAAUCUCAAUCAUCUUAUUGCUUGGAAUUCAGCAUCUCUUCUGUAAAUAGCAAAAGGUAAGAUUGUUUUUAGUUAAGAACUUUGAAGUAGGUUCUUAGAAGGUGCCUAGCCAAAUUAGUUUGCAUUGCCGGACGACUCAAAAACCAAAUUAUGGUUUGAUGCUUAAGGCAUUCAAAGUUUAAUUUAUUUGAAUUGUUCUGGUUAAAAAAUUAUUUUUAGCAAUCUUUCAUGAAGUUAAUUUGAUUGGUUACUCGGACUCUUUGUUUUUCCUCAA